CUUCCACCUCACCUUAACAAGGAGAAGAAAUCCAGACUUCUCUUUACCUUCUCGUCAACGGAAAAUGCCUAUUUGCCUCACUUACACUAGCUGAAUCUACGCACACUAACCAACCAGUCACAAUGAAUCCCCUCGCCCUCCUACAACUUCUCCUCUCCCUCUCCCUCAUAACACCCACCCUCGCCUCCAGCCGAUCCACCCAACGCCCCCCUGGCAAAAAUGCCAUCCUCCUAUCAACAGUCCAAUCCCUAACCCUCCGCGCAAAUCGACAAACCAGCUCCCGGCGCGUCUCGCCCAUCCCCCAGCUCAAAUGCACAGGCCCCUCCAAACGCCUCUGCGACAUGUACCCGAUUGACGUCAUGCGCUGCAACAACGAAGGCUACGACUAUGACGAGGAAGACAUUCAGUGGACUUGCACCGCCGAUCUCCCCCCGGAGCUGAAGCUAGGCGCUACCGAUGUCAUCUGCGAGGGCUACCGCGACGCAGACGACCCGUGGGUGCUCAAGGGCUCCUGCGGCGUCGAGUACCGCAUGCUGUUGACUGAGCUGGGCGAGAAGCGGUUUGGCCCUGUGCGCGAGGAUGAGCGGCUUUGGAAGGGUGCCGGUCCGCGCGGCGUGUUGGCUGUCUUGGGGGAUCUGAUCUUUUUCGGGUUCAUGGCUGCGGUUUUCGUGCUGAUAUUGUGGCCGAUGGUGCGGCAGUGCUUUGGGUUGAGGGGCGGGGGACCGCCUGGUCGGUUUGGUCGGGGUUGGGGUGGCGGUGGCUGGGGAGGCGACGAUGGAGGAGACGGCGGUCCUUAUCCUGGACAGCCGCCGCCGCCGUAUAGCAGCUGUGUCGGGGACGAUGGGUUUGCGUCGACGAGGAAUGGGCAGGGCUGGAGGCCUGGGUUCUGGACGGGCGCGUUGGGUGGGGCGGCGGCUGGGUAUCAGAUGGGGAGGAGAAGCAAUUCGUCGAGCUCUUCGUUUGGAAGUAGGCGGGCUGGGAGGGAUGAUCCGGGCGAGGGUAGUUCGCGAUCAUCGAGGUUUUCUACCCCGACUACUAGCACUGGGUUUGGGUCGACGAGGCGCCGGUGAUCAAGACCUAGGGACCUAGGCUGGGUUAUCAGACUGCAUUGCGUGGAUUGUACAUUUGGAACAGCAUGCUCAUCGAAAUAGCAAGUAGAUCUGCAAAGCGAUC